UCCGGAAGAGGUAGAGAGGAGGGGAGGCGUGGUCACAGGAAGUUGGUGGUAGGGUGUGCUCAGUCGGUGAGGUAACAAAGACGCAAGGCAUGCUGGGAGCACGCAGUCACGUGGUGCUGCUGCUCGCAGUGACGCACUGCCUAGUGGGCCACGUGACAUCGCGAACAGUCACCCAGCAGGCCGAGGGCGACUUGCCGCCUCUGGCUCUGCCGGUGCUCGACCAGGCCGAGGCCAACGCCUUCCUGGCCGGCGGUGGUGGCGGCAGAGGCGGUGGAGGCGGUGGCGGCGGAGGCGGUGGAGGCGGUGGCGGCGGAGGCGGUGGAGGCGGUGGUGGUGGUGGUGCGUGGAGGUCGAGGCGGCUGAUGAACAACGUGGGCGAGCGAGAGGCCUUCCACCGAGAUGACUUGGAGCGUGAAUGUCGCGAGGAGACCUGCGACUACGAGGAGGCGAGGGAGUGCUUUGAGGACGACGCUAAGACGAGAGAUUUCUGGCAGACGUACGGGAACAACAAGCCUCCGACCUCCCAGGUGUCUGACCGCAUGGCCAUGCUGGUGGGCGGGGUGCUGAGUGCCUUGGUGCUCCUUGACCCCCCUUGACCCCCCUUGACCCCCCAGCGACCUCCCAGGUGUCUGACCGCAUGGCCAUGCUGGUGGGCGGGGUGCUGAGUGCCUUGGUGCUCCUUGACCCCCCUUGACCCCCCUUGACCCCCCGUGACCCCGCAGCGACCUCCCAGGUGUCUGACCGCAUGGCCAUGCUGGUGGGCGGGGUGCUGAGUGCCUUGGUGCUCCUUGACCCCCCUUGACCCCCCUUGACCCCCCGUGACCCCGCAGCGACCUCCCAGGUGUCUGACCGCAUGGCCAUGCUGGUGGGCGGGGUGCUGAGUGCCUUGGUGCUCCUUGACCCCCCGUGACCCCCCUUGACCCCCCGUGACCCCGCAGCGACCUCCCAGGUGUCUGACCGCAUGGCCAUGCUGGUGGGCGGGGUGCUGAGUGCCUUGGUGCUCCUUGACCCCCCGUGACCCCCCUUGACCCCCCGUGACCCCCCAGCGACCUCCCAGGUGUCUGACCGCAUGGCCAUGCUGGUGGGCGGGGUGCUGAGUGCCUUGGUGCUCCUUGACCCCCCUUGACCCCCCUUGACCCCCCGUGACCCCGCAGCGACCUCCCAGGUGUCUGACCGCAUGGCCAUGCUGGUGGGCGGGGUGCUGAGUGCCUUGGUGCUCCUUGACCCCCCGUGACCCCCCUUGACCCCCCGUGACCCCGCAGCGACCUCCCAGGUGUCUGACCGCAUGGCCAUGCUGGUGGGCGGGGUGCUGAGUGCCUUGGUGCUCCUUGACCCCCCGUGACCCCCCAGCGACCUCCCAGGUGUCUGACCGCAUGGCCAUGCUGGUGGGCGGGGUGCUGAGUGCCUUGGUGCUCCUUGACCCCCCUUGACCCCCCUUGACCCCCCGUGA